AUGCCACUGCCAGCUUCAGAUUUGCUCACUCGUCAGCCACUACCUUCCUACACUAUCGUACUUUCCCCGAGAGAGAGAGACGAUGGAGAAAGCUCUGACAAAGGUGGGUAGCUUGAAGGUUGGGAGCUCAUGGAUUUCGAAGAAAGCAAAGGAGGAGUUCUCUAAUCUCAGUGAAGACAUCACUACUUUGUCAAACACAGUUGAAGAAAAGGCAAAGUGGAUUUUCAACAAACUAAAAGGGAAGCCACUGAAAAGUUUACCAGAUCUCCUUCAAGACUACAACUUACCACGAGGCCUCUUUCCCAAGAACAUCACCUGUUAUGAAUUUGAUGAAUCCAAGGCCAGGUUGAUUGUGUACUUGCCUUCUGUAUGUGAGGUCAGCUUUAAAGACUCCUCGGCAAUAAGGUAUGCUACUCGGGUCAAGGCAAUUUUGCUGAGGGGAAAGCUUACAGGCAUAGAGGGAAUGAAGACAAAGGUUCUGGUGUGGGUUAAAGUGACAAACGUAGCAGUUGAGGGCUACAAGUCUGAUAAGGUUUGGUUUACUGCUGGUGUGAAGAAGUCAAGGCCUAAGGAUGCUUAUCAAAUGCCAAGUGAUGCUGUCAAAGUAGAAGAAUUUUGAAAUGAGAGUAGAUAUUCAUUGUCUUUGGAGGUAACCUUUUUGUGUCUCUCUUGUAUACUUCCAGUAUACUUGAGUUGCGCCUUUUGCGUUUAUCAAAAAAGAUUUAUUACUCAAAAAAAAAAAAAAAUCAUUGUCGUAAAGCAAAAAUCAAAUUUACGGAGGUAGAUGACCUAAAUCAUUGGUAACCUCACUUCUCACUGUGUAAGAUUGGAUGCACUAUUAUGAUUCUCAGUGUUUCAAAUGCAUCAGCUCUAGGUUUAGCUCA